AAAGAGGAUGCGUGUGUGUGGAGAAAAGCUGGAGAGCAGAGCUAUGUAGAUGGCUUAUGGAUGGGUGAAGCGUGAAGCGCAGCAUACAGUGAGGUGAGGAUUUGGUCCAAACGUUAAGGAGACACAAUCUCAAAUCUGUUUAAAUAACUGCUUGGCUAUAUCGACAUGACCAAUUUUGAUUUUUCCGACGUGGAGGCAUUUUUAGACUGCCACCCGGAGCUUUUUGAGGAAUAUCUCAUGAGGAAGGGAAAAAGUGACACCUUGAGCAGGUGGCUUAAAGAGCACCAGCCGUCCAAAACCUCUCCGGUGGAGGAGAAGCGCGGAGUCGCCAGGGAUCCGUUCUGGCCCUCGAACCCCGAUGGGCUGAAGCGCAGGUCGUCCCACAUGGAGCUCCGUAGAAACUUCGCCCGGUCCAAAGCGAUGACGGCGCACCGGACCUACGACGAACAGUCUCAGUCCAGCAUGCGACGGCGCGCGCUCCUGCGGAAAGCCAGCUCGUUACCACCGACCACCGCUCACAUCCUGAGCGCGCUGCUGGAGUCCAGAGUGAACGUGCCUCAGUAUGCCUCCAGCGCCAUCGACUACAAAUACCGCCUCAAGGAGUCCAACGAGAGGGAGUUCUUCCUCGAGCUCGUUAAAGACAUUUCUAACGAGCUUGACAUGACAAAUCUGAGUUACAAGAUUUUGAUCAAUGUGUGUAUCAUGGUCGACGCGGACAUGUGUUCGCUCUUCCUCGUCGAGGGUCCGUUUCAUAAGAGGACCCUCGUGUCAAAGUUUUUUGAUGUGCAUUCGGGAACUACGGUGCGACCGUCUUCUAGCACACUUGAUUCAAACGAGGUGCAGGUUCCGUGGGGAAAAGGCAUCAUAGGCUAUGUAGCAGAACACGGAGAGACAGUCAAUAUACCGAACGCAUACGAGGACCAUCGUUUCAGCGAUGAAAUUGACAAGUUGACGGGCUAUAAGACUCAGUCCAUUCUGUGCAUGGCCAUCCACAACAGUGAUGGAGAGGUCAUUGGUGUAGUGCAGGCCAUCAACAAGAACCCCAAUGGAACUCCAUUCACUGAGGAUGAUGAGAAGGUGAUGCAUAUGUAUCUACCAUUCUGCGGAAUAUCGAUCUCCAAUGCCAAACUCUUCUCUGAAUCCCGUAAGGAGUAUGAUAGGAGCAGGGCCCUGCUGGAGGUGGUGAACGAUCUGUUUGAGGAACAGACGGAUCUGGAGAAGAUCGUGAGGAAGAUCAUGCAGCGUGCGCUGACGUUGCUACAGUGUGAGCGCUGCUCCGUUCUUCUGCUAGAAGACAUCCACUCCCCUGUGGUAAAGUUCUCCCAGACAUUUGAGCUCAUGUCUCCACUCUGCAGUGUUGAUCAUGACAUAAGCAUGGAGAAGGUGUCGUGCUCUGACUGGUUGAUCAAUAACAGCAUUGCUGAGUUGGUAGCAUCUACUGGGCUACCCGUUAACAUUAGUGACGUCUGUCAGGAUCCCCGUUUUGAUGCUGAAGCAGACCAGGCUUCUGGUUUUCAUAUCAGAUCAGUUUUGUGUGUCCCCAUCUGGAAUCGAACACAUCAGAUUAUCGGUGUUGCCCAGAUACUGAACCGCUUGGAUAGGAAAACCUUUAAUGAUGCAGAUCAAAGGCUGUUUGAGGCAUUUGUUAUUUUCUGUGGUCUGGGAAUUAACAACACAAUGAUGUAUAACCAGGUUAAGAAGACUUGGGCCAAGCAGUCCGUGGCUUUAGAUAUGCUGUCCUAUCAUGCUACGUGCUCCAAAGCAGAGGUUGAUCGGCUGAAGGCCGCUAAGAUCCCCCUGAGCAGUGAGCUCGGGAUCGAUGAGUUCCACUUUAAUGACUUUUCCCUGGACAACGAUGCCAUGAUCACCGCCUCCCUGCGGAUGUUUUUGGAGCUUGGCGUCGUGCAGAAAUUCAAAAUUGAUUAUGAGGUGCUGUGCCGGUGGCUGCUUACCGUGAGGAAGAACUACCGCACCGUAGCGUAUCACAACUGGAGACACGCCUUCAACGUCUCGCAGUGCAUGUUUGUCAUGAUCACCACUGCCGGGUUCCAGGAGGUGCUGACAGACACAGAGACUCUGGCUCUUAUGGUUGGCUGUCUCUGCCAUGACCUGGACCAUCGUGGAACAAAUAAUGCCUUUCAGGCCAAGUCUGGCUCUGCACUGGCGCUCUUAUAUGGAACAUCUGCCACACUUGAGCAUCAUCAUUUCAACCAUGCUGUCAUGAUUCUACAGAGUGAGGGUCACAACAUCUUUGCCAAUCUGUCCUCUAAGGAGUACAGCAACAUGAUGCAGCUGUUGAAACAGGCAAUUCUGGCCACAGAUCUCACCUUGUACUUCAAAAGGAGAACAAAGUUCUUUGAAUGUGUUCUGUCUGGCCAGUUCAGUUGGAGCAAUGAGGAACACAGAGACAUUAUUAGAUCUAUGCUGAUGACUGCAUGUGACUUGGGUGCUGUGACUCGACCAUGGGAGAUCUCUAAACAGGUGGCUGAACUGGUGACCAGUGAAUUUUUUGAACAGGGGGACAGAGAGAGAUCAGAGCUGAAGUUGACUCCAGCAGCCAUUUUUGACCGCAAUCGUAAAGAUGAGCUUCCUGAACUGCAGUUGGAAUGGAUUGAUGGGAUCUGUAUGCCCCUGUAUGAGGCUCUUGUGAAGUUGAAUAGGAAGCUACAGCCAAUGGUGGAUGGAAUAGAUGCCAACAGAAAAAAGUGGGAGGAGCUCUGUCUGUCCUAUCAGCAAACACGGAGAGCCUCAAAGUGUAACAGCAGUCUGGAGGCGGGAGAGAAUACAGAAGCGUGUCACUGUGCAGACUCCGCCCAUGAGCCGGAAUCAAGUCAGUGUGAAGCAACCAAUCAGAGCACAGACUCCACCUACAGCGUGGAGCCAAAUCAGACCCCAGCAGCCAAUUAGAAAUCAGAGGUGGUAUGAGGGCGUUAUCAGAUUCAUGGGGACUGAUAGCCAAUCAAUAUUUUCUAUUGAGAUUAAUGUAGUUACUGUAUUUAAAGCACAUUUAAAAAAAGAUCUAUUUCUAGUUUCUAGUUAAAAUGAAUGGUUUUACCAAGGAUCCAAAUUUACACUAGAUUAUUCAUAUAAAUUUGUUUUAUUUUAUCUAAAAGAGAUAUGGCAUUUGUACUGUGAAUAUGUGCAGAAAAUUCAGAUGCACUACAUUUAAAUGCUCACAUAAUGUUAUGCUGUCAACAAACAGGGAGUUUCACCGAAUUGUUUCACAAACAGCAUAAACCAAGCACUGAUUUGAUGAAUGUACAAAUUAAUAUCACUGUGAUGUUUUACUGGUGUUUCUUCUUUGAGACUUGCAUGAAAUCACUGUAACAUGGUUACAACGGCUGAUUAGUUUAUAAUUGUAUAGUAAACUUUUUCAAAAUGGAAAAGCACAGAAAGAAAUACAAUACAACCACAAUUACAUGUUUGACAAGUGCAUAAAUAUUGUUUGCGUAGGCAUCCUCUCAGAAUAUAUGUUGCACAGGAAUGCAUACCAACUGGUUAAAUGAUAGAAAAAUCUGAGAAUAAAUGGGUUUUAAACAGGUUUUUAAGUUAGCUAUAGUUUCAGGAAUAUCAUGAGAUCAGAAGUGUACUGAUAAUGACAUUAGAUCCAUAGUUGUCCUUGGAUAAAGUUUUACCACCCUUUAAGUAUAGACCACUUUAAAAGAUGGUAAGCAGAAGCACUUUCAGUUUCGGUUUUUAUUUAUCUAAUUUAAAAAUCUUACAUUUAUUAUUUAAUCUUAAGGUAUUCGUUAAACAUUUUUUGGUUUGGUUAUAAAUGUUCUAUUGGUGGUAUUUUGUUAAAACGUUUGUGUAACUGAGACAGCAUUGAACCAGCGUUCUUUACGUCAAUCUAAGAGGUCUAUAUUUGUUUGUCAUAUUUUUUAUAAAGGUUUUCGAUUAAGUGACUAACCAAAGUGAACUAUAAACUGAAAGCCGGUUGCAUGCAAAACAAAAAUAUGUUGUUGGCAUGUGAGCUGUAUAUUUUUGUUACAUGUUACUGUAAAAUGUUUGUAUGUGAAAUUUAAGUAGUUCGCUAAAGCUUUGUUUUGAAUGCAUAACAAACGUUACAGUAAAUGGUCACGAAUUGCAUGCUGCAUACAAGGAAAAACAGUAGCUUCCUGCUUUAAAUGGGAAUUGUGUUGCAGUCUUACUACUAAUGUCUGUCAGCGUGCACAAAGAAUAGAUUAUCUGCUCCUUUCAUCUGCCUUAUUCAAAUGAAACAAUUAUUUUUGCAUUGAUUCAUAAUGGCUCAACAUUUGGGAAAAUGAACCAUUUUUAAUCAUCUCUUGAAAAGAAAGAAAAGAAACCUAAAUAGCUUUUUAUAUUUUAUUAGCUAACAUAAAAUGUUCAUAUACUGUAUCAUACUUGGUGCCUCAGCAAGUCUCUUCUUUCUAUGGCUCUUAUGCCCAUUGUAUGUCAAAUGAAUGACUAAAUUACUGUGUGGUUUCUAAGGAGUGCACAUGAGGCUUGUCUUGCCAGGCUGGUUGCUGGUCAUUUUCCUCAGGCUGAUUUGUAAAUA